AUGAUGAGCAAACUGGUCGAACGCAAUUCGUUGCCGAUUUCGAGAGCUCGGAGCUCGGAUGAAGGAGGGGACAUCGAGAAUGCUGAAGGACAUUGGACUCCGCCAGACACGGAUUCGGAAAAAGGGGAAUGGGAAGGACCAGUAGAAGAUAGUGAUGACGACAAUGACGAGGAAAUGGAUAUAGGAGAAGAAGAGGAAGAAAUGGAUCAGAUUUCUUUCGAUCUCCCAGCGAAGAAGAAGCCAGCCAAGAAGGCGCAACGAUCUAGGAUUGAAAUCGAGUACGAAGAAGAGCCGACGGUGCAGAAGCAAAAGCGUGAACACUAUCGAACCGAUUGGCACCGAUACAAUCUGAAACGUCAGGUUGCUGAAUUGCCGCCAAUCACCGAUGAACAAUUUCGAUCGAAAGUCUUGAUGUUUCGUGAGGAGAAAGAGCAAGCUUUGCGAACUGCUGAGGAGGAGACGUCGCUCCUUUGCGACGUGUGUAAUAAACGUUUCAACUCGCAAAAUGCAUAUUCUGAUCAUUUGAGAUCGAAAAAGCACCUGGAAAUUCUCAAGAAAGGACGUCGUGGGCCGAAGCAGCCAAGAAAGGCUAGAAAGACUGCAACCACCUCAACGACGACAACGGCCGCUGGGAAGAUUGAGAAGAAAGCGCCAGAAGACGAGAAAAUGGAAUCAGUAGGGGAGGAAAGUGAUUCUUCCGGUUGGCACACCGACAAUGGAAAACAACGCUCUUCCGGUCACUUCGUGCCUCUUCUACCCACAAACGCUGGAAUCUUUGACAAGAAUCUCGAGCACAAGAAGACCCGACACCAUAUCAGGGUGCCCGUGAAGCAAUAUUGUGCUGAUUUGGAGGGAUCGAUUCAGUGUUUCGGACUAAAAGUUGGUGCCGGUAGAGUGUGCUUUUAUUGCCCGGAGUUGAAAGGACCUUAUGCGAGUAUUCAAGCGGAACAUUGCAAGAUCUCCCGUGAGCCCAAGUCGAUGCUCGACUUUACGGAUUGGUACGAUUAUAGCCCAUUGUACGACGAAUUGGCCGAUAAAGAGGCGUCGAUUGACGAUGGCUGGACGUUGACGUUGCUAAGUGGUGAGGCAAAAGCGCUCAUCGCUGCUAAGUUGGACACGGCCAUUGAGAAGGAGUUGCUUCGGCGUCUGAAGAAAGGGACCUAUGGUGACAUUUACAACUUCCGCCAAGAAGCCUUCGAGCCAAUGUUGGAAGAAGGCGAGAGGGAGCUUGAAGUGGAGCAUGAAUUGGAAGGAGAUGAUGAGAUAGCAAACUGGUCAAACGCAGUUCGUUGCCGAUUUCGAGAGCUCGGA